CAGUGUUAAUAAAACACACCCUGAACAUCCUGGGAGGAAGCAAAGCUUGUAAUUGGCUCCACAUUGCAAAGACAACGAGUUUUACUUUGACUAAACGUUAACUUGCUCCGCCCCCUUCACCGAGCUGCUGUUUUAAGUUGAGUGAGGUGAAGUGAGGUGAAGUUCAGGAGCUGAGAGGCAACGACAACAACAGGGUUUGGAUCUUGAUACAACUGUUGUCAGUUAUGUUAUGUACUUUUCUGGAAACUUUGCAGAAUGUGAAUCUUACAACCUGUGCUGUUGUGAGCUGCAUGUGACAGUUCCCAGUGCAACUAUUCACUUUGAGAUGUGAUACACAGAUAAAAACUCACAACCAGCUCCUCCCAGUCAGGAUAUGUCUGCGUCUCCUCCCUUCACAGGUGUGUCAGUGUUAGAACCAGUGAACAACAAGCUGGGAACUGUGGGAGCUGAGUCACUGCAGGGAGUGAACGAGAGAGGGAGGAGCAGAGAUCUGGUUCUGUUCAGAGGAAGUGAAACUGUUCUUCAGUCUCUGGCAGCAGCUGAAAUGGCGCAGAGAGAAUUUCAACUGGAGCAGGAAACGUUCUGCUGUCCGAUCUGUCUGGAUCUACUGAAGGAUCCGGUGACUACUGGCUGUGGACACAGCUACUGUAAGAGCUGUAUUAACAACCACUGGGACAAAGGGGAGGAGAGAGGAAGCUACAGCUGUCCUCAGUGUAGAGAGACCUUCACACCGAGACCUGUCCUGAGGAAAAACACCAUGUUAGCUGCUUUAGUGGAUGAGCUGAAGAAGACUGGACUCCAAGCUGCUCCUGCUGAUCACUGCUAUGCUGGACGUGAAGAUGUGGCCUGUGAUGUCUGCACUGGGAGAAAACUGAAAGCUCUCAAGUCCUGUUUGGUUUGUUUGGCCUCUUAUUGUGAAAAACACCUCCAGCCUCAUCUUCAGUCAGCUGCAUUGAAGAAGCACAAGCUGGUGGAGCCCUCGGAGAAGCUCCAAGAGAAGCUCCAAGAGAACAUCUGCUCUCGUCACGACGAGGUGAUGAAGAUGUUCUGCCGCACUGAUCAGCAGUCUAUCUGUUAUCUCUGCUCUGUGGAGGAACAUAAAGACCACAACACAGUGUCAGCUGCAGCAGAAAGGACUGAGAGGCAGAGAGAGCUCGGGCUGAGGAGACAAACAAUCCAGCAGAGAGUCCAGGACACAGAGAAAGACGUGAAGCUGCUUCAACAGGAGGAGAAGGCCAUCAAUGGCUCUGCUGAUAAAGCAGUGGAGGACAGUGAGGAGAUCUUCACUGAGAUGAUCCGUCUGCUGGAGAAAAGAAGCUCUGAUGUGAAGCAGCAGAUCAGAUCCCAGCAGGAAACUGAAGUGAGUCGAGUCAGAGAGCUUCAGGAGAGACUGGAGCAGGAGAUCACUGAGCUGAAGAGGAAAGACCAUGAACUGAAGCAGCUCUCAGACACAGAGGACCACAACCAGUUUCUACACAACUACCCCUCACUGUCACCACUCAGUGGAUCUACACACUCAUCCAGCUUCAGGAUCCGUCCUCUGAGGAACUUUGAGGACGUGACAGCAGCUGUGUCCCAGGUCAGAGGUCGACUACAGGACAUUCUGAGUGACACAGAGACAGAGAUUUUACAGAUUGUGUCUCAAGUGGAUGUUUUACUGCCACAACCAGAACCAGAGACCAGAGCUGACUUCUUAAGAUAUUCACAGGAAAUCACACUGGAUCCAAACACAGUACACAGACAGCUGUUAUUAUCUGAGGGAAACAGAAAAGUAACGUGGAUGAGUAGACAACAGUCUUAUUCUAAUCACCCAGACAGGUUCACUGAUUGGCCUCAGGUUCUGAGUAGAGAGAGUCUGACUGGACGGUGUUACUGGGAGGUGAAGAUGGGGAGAGGAGGAGGAGUUAAUGUAGCAGUUACAUACAAGAAUAUCAGCAGAGCAGGAAACUCAUGUGAAUGUUUUUUGGGAACAAAUGAUAAAUCUUGGAUGUUAUAUUGUUGUAGAAACAGUUAUAUCUUUUAUUACAACAGCCUCAUGACUCCAGUGUCAGGUCCUGUGUCCUCCAGAGUAGGAGUGUACCUGGAUCACAGUGCAGGUGUUCUGUCCUUCUACAGCGUCUCUGACACCAUGACUCUCCUCCACAGAGUCCAGACCACAUUCACUCAGCCUCUCUAUGCUGGAGUUUGGGUUUAUUAUGAUGGAUCCACAGCUGAGUUCUGUAAACUGAAAAGGGGGAGGAGCGGAGAUCUGUUUCUGUUCAGAGGAAGUGAAACUGUUCUUCAGUCUCUGGCAGCAGCUGAAAUGGCGCAGAGAGAAUUUCAACUGGAGCAGGAAACGUUCUGCUGUCCGAUCUGUCUGGAUCUACUGAAGGAUCCAGUGACUACUGUCUGUGGACACAGCUUCUGUAAGAGAUGUAUUAACACCCACUGGGACAAUGGGGAGGAUAGAGGAAGCUACAGCUGUCCUCAGUGUAGACAGACCUUCACACCGAGGCCUGUCCUGGAGAAAAACACCAUGUUAGCUGCUUUAGUGGAGGAGCUGAAGAAGACUGGACUCCAAGCUGCUCCUGCUGAUCACUGCUAUGCUGGACCUGGAGAUGUGGCCUGUGAUGUCUGCACUGGGAGAAAACUGAAAGCUCUCAAGUCCUGUUUGGUUUGUUUGGCCUCUUAUUGUGAAAAACACCUCCAGCCUCAUCUUCAGUCAGCUGCAUUGAAGAAGCACAAGCUGGUGGAGCCCUCGGAGAAGCUCCAGGAGAACAUCUGCUCUCGUCACGACGAGGUGAUGAAGAUGUUCUGCCGCACUGAUCAGCAGUGUAUCUGUUAUCUCUGCUCUGUGGAGGAACAUAAAGACCACGACACAGUGUCAGCUGCAGCAGAAAGAACUGAGAGGCAGAGAGAGCUCGGGCUGAGGAGACAAACAAUCCAACAGAGAGUCCAGGACACAGAGAAAGACGUGAAGCUGCUUCAACAGGAGGAGGAGGCCAUCAAUGGCUCUGCUGAUAAAGCAGUGGAGGACAGUGAGGAGAUCUUCACUGAGAUGAUCCGUCUGCUGGAGAAAAGAAGCUCUGAUGUGAAGCGGCAGAUCAGAUCCAAGCAGGAAACUGAAGUGAGUCGAGUCAGAGAGCUUCAGGAGAGACUGGAGCAGGAGAUCACUGAGCUGAAGAGGAAAGACCAGGAAGUGAAGCAGCUCUCAGACACAGAGGAUCACAACCAGUUUCUACACAACUACCCCUCACUGUCACCACUCAGUGGAUCUACACACUCAUCCAGCUUCAGGAUCCGUCCUCUGAGGAACUUUGAGGAUGUGACAGCAGCUGUGUCCCAGGUCAGAGGUCGACUACAGGACAUUCUGAGUGAGACAGAGAUUUUACAGAUUGUGUCUCAAGUGGAUGUUUUACUGCCACAACCAGAACCAGAGACCAGAGCUGACUUCUUAAGAUAUUCACAGGAAAUCACACUGGAUCCAAACACAGUACACAGACAGCUGUUAUUAUCUGAGGGAAACAGAAAAGUAACGUGGAUGAGUAGACAACAGUCUUAUUCUAAUCACCCAGACAGAUUCACUGAUUGGCCUCAGGUCCUGAGUAGAGAGAGUCUGACUGGACGGUGUUACUGGGAGGUGGAGAUGAAGGUGAGAGGAGAAGUUGGUGUAGCAGUCACAUACAAGAAUAUCAGCAGAGCAGGAAACUCAUGUGAAUGUUUUUUGGGAACAAAUGAUAAAUCUUGGAUGUUAUAUUGUUGUAGAAACAGUUAUAUCUUUUAUUACAACAGCCUCAUGACUCCAGUGUCAGGUCCUGUGUCCUCCAGAGUAGGAGUGUACCUGGAUCACAGUGCAGGUGUUCUGUCCUUCUACAGAGUCUCUGACACCAUGACUCUCCUCCACAGAGUCCAGACCACAUUCACUCAGCCUCUCUAUGCUGGAGCUAAUGUUUAUUAUGAUGGAUCCACAGCUGAGUUCUGUAAACUGAAAUAGACUUGAGUUAUUAAAAGCAGUGAUUUAGAUUCUAUGUUUAAAUCUUUAACUUCUUUUGUCUCCAUGUUUGUUGAUCAAAGUUUCUGCUCUGCACAGAGAUCAGCUGUCAAUCAAACACUGACAUGAAUGUGUUUGAAAACUUGAAUGUUGCUGUUGUUUUCUAAAUCAAUAUAGAAAUAAGGUUCUGUGAUUAAGUUUCUGUAAACUGCAUUAAUCCUGAUAUAUACGUAUGUAAUUUUGUAUUUCUUCAACAAAUAAAAAUCAUAUCAAAUGUG